AUGGAACCGGGGCGAUGCACCGCUCUGCCCUGUCAUCCAAACACCACCGGCGGUCACCCUAAUGACACUUCCGGGGACCUCGGCACUACCGGGAACACCGUGGCAACUUCCUUCCUGGGAUGCAUCUUGGCUGUUAUGUGCCUCGUUGGGAUGGCAGGAAACAUCUACACACUGGCGGUUGUCCACCUCUCCAUGAGACCGACCAGUUCCAUGUCGGUGUACAUCAUCAACUUGGCCCUGGCGGACCUUCUGUACCUCUCCACCAUCCCUUUCGUCGUCAGCACCUACGUCUUGAAGGACUGGUACUUUGGGGAUGUGGGAUGCAGGAUCUUGUUCAGCCUGGACCUCUUGACCAUGCAUGCCAGCAUCUUCAUCCUCCUGGUCAUGAGUACGGAGAGGUACCUCGCAGUGGUCAAGCCCUUGGACACCCUCCGGAGGCCGAGGGAUUACCACCGGAUGAUCACCUGCUCCGUGUGGCUGGUGUCCUUCCUCCUGGCCUUGCCUACCAUGAUCCUCAUUGACUUACGGACCAGCAAACAAGGCGGCGUGGUCAAACGCAUGUGCUACCCAACGUGGCAGAUGGAGGCCUACAAAGUCUACCUCACCGUCCUUUUCAACACUUGCAUCUUGGCCCCGGGAGUGGUCAUUUGCUACUUGUACGUCCAACUCGCCAGGACCUACUGGAGGUCUCAGGUGGCCAUCUUCAGCCCCAAGGAAGUGAAGAGAUGCCCCAGGCAGAAGGUCUUGUACAUGAUAUUUAGUAUCAUCCUCGCCUACUGGACUUGCUUUAUCCCCUUUUGGCUCUGGCAGCUGCUCGGUGUCUAUCACCACCAGACCAACAGCAUUGCAGGCAACACGGUGGUCAACUUCCUGGUGACUUGUUUGGCUUACAGCAACAGCUGCAUCAACCCUUUCCUCUACACGCUGCUGUCCAAGAAUUACAAGGAGUACAGAAGAAGCCAGCACAAGAAUGGUACCAGCCUCUCCAAGAUUAAGUCGAGGAGGAGCUCCUCAAGGAGGUCGGUGUUAUCGGGAAGCCACCCGAACACGGAGACGGUGGCUGUUGCACAAAUCAAAGGCAUCAACAGUGAAGACGUUGACUCUUUGUGAGCGAGUGAG